CAGUAUACGAGUACCAAAAAAUCUGAGUCAGCCGAUAGGAAAGACGUUAGUAUAUAAUAAAUUUAAAAUCAAUUAGAACGCCAAGGGUUUCUACCAACCAAAAAAGAAGGCCGGCGGCGGUGGUCACUCACGGCGGCGCUCUCGAUCUCCAGAUCUCCCAACCUCUCUCACACCAACAAAUCCGCGAUGGCCGUCUCUCUCUCCACUUGCUACGGCAUGAGGGCAUUUCCGUCAUUUGAGUGCCGCUCAGAUCCCGACUUUUCCGGCCCGGAAAUCCCCACUUCCGACGGCAGAUCCAGAUUCACCUCGAAGAUCUCCAAAUCUCACGGCUCUCUCGGUCUGUCUUCGUUGAUAUUGCGCUUCCCUCCCGACUUCGUUCGUCAAUUGAGCAACAAAGCUCGCAGGAAUUGCAGCAACAUCGGUGUUGCGCAAGUCGUUGCUGCGUCUUGGUCGAACAAUCAGCCUCCGAAAUCCGUGGCCACUGACUCCGCCAACGGAAGCGUCGUUGAAGAGAUCGAGGUGGUUAAUCCUCUCUCUUUCUUGUCCUCCGAUGGGAGUCUCGCUAUUCAUGCCGGUGAAAGGCUAGGCCGCGGCAUUGUCACGGAUGCAAUAACUACUCCAGUAGUUAAUACUUCUGCUUACUUCUUUAAAAAGACUUCUGAUCUCCUCGACUUUAAGGAGAAAAGAAGUGUGAGCUUUGAAUAUGGGCGCUAUGGGAAUCCUACUACUGUGGUUGCAGAGGAGAAGAUCAGUGCACUGGAAGGGGCUGAAUCAACCCUCUUAAUGGCUUCUGGAAUGUGUGCAAGUACUGCUUUGUUGUUGGCACUGGUCCCAGCUGGUGGGCAUCUGGUGACUACCACUGAUUGCUACCGGAAGACUCGGAUUUUUAUUGAAACAAUACUUCCCAAGAUGGGUAUCAAGGCCACAGUUAUUGACCCUGCGGACAUGGAAGGCCUUGAAGCUGCUCUGGAGGAGAACAAUGUUAGUUUGUUCUUUACAGAGUCACCAACGAACCCAUUCCUGAGAUGUGUUGACAUAGAGCUGGUGUCAAAAAUGUGCCACAGUAAAGGAGCCCUUGUCUGUAUAGAUGGAACAUUUGCCACCCCUCUGAAUCAAAAAGCCCUUGCUCUAGGGGCAGAUAUUGUCCUGCAUUCUGCGACAAAAUUUAUCGGAGGGCACAAUGAUGUACUUGCAGGUUGUAUUAGUGGUUCGAUGGAGUUGAUUUCUACUGUUCGUAAUUUGCAUCAUAUUCUUGGUGGUGCUUUAAACCCGAAUGCUGCUUAUCUUAUCCUUCGAGGUAUGAAGACCCUGCAUCUUCGUGUACAGCAUCAAAAUUCUACGGCCUUGAGGAUGGCCGAAAUUUUAGAGGCACAUCCCAAGGUGAAGCGUGUCUAUUAUCCAGGUCUGAAAAGUCAUCCAGAACAUCAUAUCGCAGUCCGUCAAAUGACUGGUUUUGGUGGUGUAGUCAGUUUUGAGGUUGAUGGUGACUUACAUACCACUGCGAAGUUCAUUGACAAUCUGAAAAUUCCAUACAUUGCCCCUUCCUUUGGAGGAUGCGAGAGCAUUGUGGACCAGCCAGCAAUCAUGUCUUACUGGGAUCUGAGUCAAGCAGACAGGGCCAAGUAUGGGAUCUUUGACAAUUUGGUUCGGUUCAGCUUUGGUGUCGAAGAUUUUGAAGAUCUGAAGACUGACAUUCUUCAGGCCCUAGAGGCCAUAUAGGCAAUUAACAUGCCCGUGUUUUUUUUUUUAAUAUUGAAUUUCCAGAAAUUGUUUCUGCAUUAUUUAUGUUUUAAUGAAAUUAUUGACAUGGAGUAACAGACAAUUUGUUCCA